UCACACGAACGUUUCGCGCGGCCGUGCGAGCGUCGAUUUGAAAAAGAAAAGAAACAAGUGCUUCGCUCUGCGUACUUAUUACGCGUACAUCUUCUUCGUCUGCGCUCCAGACGAACCGAGAUGGGGGCAGGGGGAGCGCGAAGCUAGUUACAGGGACAAGAAGUUCCUUUCUCUCUGAGUUUCCGUUGUUCCUGAAUUGGCGCGCAUCGCGACGAUGCCGCUUCUUUCGUACCUGUUUGCGACUGUUGAAGAAUUCUUUUAUCCGUCGUGGCGUUUUAGAUGUAUACAUACAUACAUACAUAUAUGUAUAUAUAUAUAUAUAUAUAUAUAGUGUGUUAUAUCGCAAGAAACCGAGGAGAACGUUUCUGUGUUUUCCGAAAGUUCGUGAACGGAUCUGGGAGAAUCGGUUUCCGUCUUCUAGAGGUUGCCAUUUUGUUGGUUUUUUCUCUUAUUUUUACGGUCAGACCCUAUACCGUGGGUUUUGUUCCUUUGUUCAUCGCGAUUUGCGGAGAGUUUUACGUACAAAUUGAUUUUUUAAAAAUAUUAUAUUUGAUGAUUUACGAUGUGUUAGUUUUAUUACGACAGUAAAUCGAGAAAGUGCAUAGAAAAUUAGCGUUAAAGUUCUCGAUUUUUGAACGUAUCUCAGCCUGCGUAUGUAUAGAAAUGAGAUCACACUUCGAGUUUAUUAUUAUUAAUAUUAUCUGCAGCGUGUCUUCUUGUGAGUACGAAACACAACGACAUCUAGAACCAUAUAUCAUCAUAUAUAUAUAUGCCGAGAUGCUUUUAUGUUUGCGAGUAAAAGGGUGAGACGUCACUAGAAUGUGUAAUAUUCCGUGAAGUUUCGGCUAGAUUUCACGAUUGUGGAAAAAUUCGUAGACACGUGAAAUGGAUCCCGUCGCAGUCUACGAGCACUGUUCGAUCUCCAUGAAACGAUACUAGGCUAUUGACUUGAAAUUUGUUAGUCCAUAUUGACCCGGACCUCGCACAUUCCCACUUGUGACCUGUAAUUCCGAGACAAACGAACGAGAGAACUUUUGCUCUGAAGUUGUGGACCACGCUCAGCAAGUGCAAAGUGAACUUAUUAGUGAGAACUCAUUAGUGAGACGAAUUCUUUUCACGGAAAUGUUGAAUCGAUACGUUAAAUACAGAUAGAUUAUAGCGAUCUCUAUAUUCGAGGUGUAUAUUUUUUAACGAAAAAGCAAACACACACACACAGAUCUGCGAUAGAUCGAGUUAUGUCGAGAACACGGUGUUAUCGCCCUCCGAGAGGAUGUACUUAGUUAUGUAAAGAGGUACCGUAAAACGUCCGCGUAUCGUCGAGUUUCAAUAAAAGCAUUUGUAUUAGGAAAGCGACUCGCUCUCCACGUGCGCGUGACUCAUGCUGUUUUUCCGGCUUGCUCUCUCUCUCUCUCUCUCUCUCACUCUCUCUCUCUCUCUCCAUCCCCCCGUUCACCACGAGUCUCUCUUUUUUUAUCUAACUCUCUUUUUCUGUCUUGUCUCUUCCUGAGAACGUCCUUUCUCUGCAUGGAAUUCUGGCGCGUACGCGUUCUCUGAGCUGAACGGAGGUGCCCUCGAGGAGACGUGUGUCGUGCGAUCGAUGUUGACCGUGACAUGAUCUUUUGUAGGUGGCAGGCUCCUCGAAUUUCGCACAAUGCGCCUGAAGAAGAACCUGAAGAAGCGGGACACGCAGUACAACCCGAGCACCGGCAAGUUUCACUGCCCCAAUUGCAACAAUGGCUACGGCAGACGCGACACCAUGCUCGGCCACUAUAGGUACGAGUGCGGAAAAGCGCCCAGAUACAAGUGCCCCUACUGCACCCUAUGCAGCAAGAAGACCUCGAACAUUUAUCAGCACGUCAGAGCGAUGCAUCCGAAGCAGGAGGUGACUCUGGUGAAACUCUAUUGAGCUCCUUGCGAUCUGCAGGCGUGAACCGACGCGAGGAAGAUCUCGAGUUUGCCAAGCGAAAGCUAUUGUUGAACGUCGCCGGUGUCGCUCGCCGAACUGGACUGUUCGCAAUACCUCAGGGAAUUUUUCUUUCUCGGAUUUCGAGUUACACACGUAUGUGUGUGUGUUUGUGUGUGCGUGUGUGUAUAUAUAUCGCGACUCUCCGCGCGCGUAUUUGUACAUAUGUGAUUCGAACGAGCCGGAGAUUAGACUGCUCUUGAUGUGUAUAGUGAGGAUUGCGCUUCCUGUACUCUGUACGCGUGUCGAACUCGUAGCGUGUUAAGUGAACGUUCUCCAAGUGAUUUGUCACAAUGCGCACGAGACGUUGGAGAGUUCGCAUGUAAUUGACGGCGGCUCGCUCUGCUUUAUUUAUUCGUUCCUCUUCGAAUUUUCGAGAAUCCCCGGGUGAUCGAACUUAAACACGCGGGGUGUUCUGUUCAACGAUAAGACUGCACUGUAUAUAGUACACUGUACAUUUCCAAAAAUCGACUGUGAAGAAAUAAAGAAUCUUGUACCUUUCAUUUCACCUACUACGAUGAGUUCGGAGUUAGCGAGUACAUUACGGUGGCGGAUUUCGGCACGAAGCACGGAACACGGUGGGAUUCGCACGUGCCCCUCCGGUGUCUCGCCGCUACUUGGUAAGCCUGAGGUGAAUUCCGGACGGCGCGUUUUCAUCCGGGGAAUCGCCGACAAGACGUAACCAGAAGUAACCGACACGUCUCGCAGAGUCCUUCCCUCCGUCGGCAGAUCCGUGCUGACUGGUGUCGCCUCGGUAAAGAAACUCCGUCGAUCGAUAUAUUUGCGUUGACGAGCUCCGGAAGAAAUCGGCGACGAACAUCACAUAAGCACGCCGAUAUCCGUCUAUCAUAUCCGUGUGUGCUGCCACGUGGCAUUCGUGGCAAUUAGGGAGCGAACGCAUUAGGCGCAUUUUGGUAUCGGUGUUAAAAAGACGUAUCUCGGUAUUAAAAAAUGUUCGGAGCGAGUUCUCCCCGAAAGUGAGAAAGAAAGAGAGAGAGAGAUCGAAGAAACGGUCUGCUGUCGCAUGGUAAACGUCGUCGGGCAGGUUCGUUCAGGAUGGUUUGCGUGAAUUUGAUUUGGUGGUAGCGUCCUCGUAGUCUCUGUAUCUCGCGUAAAGUACAUAUACCCUACGCUCGCGUGUGAUUGCGGCGUGCGUAUCCGCAGUAUCAUUAAUGCUGGACGACAUCGGUUUCAGAAUCGUGGGGAAACACGAGGACGGAAAGGGGCCGAUCGCAGGAGCUGGUGCGGCUGCACUAUCAUCAUCACCAGCAGCAGCAGCAGCAGCGGCUGCGGCAGCAGCGCAAGGAGAUGGGCCUGUACGGCCGGAAGCAUCAGUGUCCGAAAUGCGAGAAGUCCUUCUCGCAGAGCUACUCGAUGUACCGUCAUUACAGAUACGAGUGCGACUCUCUGCCGCGUUAUCAGUGCCCGUAUUGCGGCCACGUCAGCAAAUGGUCCCACUCGAUCUACAAUCAUAUCAGGAAGUUGCACCCGGGACAGGAAGUCACGCUGAACAAGCGCUAUUAGUCCAGUCAGACGUGCCGGAGCUUGCGCGUGGAUCGCCCGUACUUCAGACCGAUCGUUCUGGAGAAGUACCAUAGCGUCUUGCGGAACUCCCGGCUCAAAGCGUCCUUGAACUGGCGCGGCUUCACUUGCCCCAGGUGCGCCCGCACCUUCCACACGUCCGGCGGCAUGAAUCGGCACUACCGGCUCGAGUGCGUCGAUCUGCCUCGCUUCAAGUGCCCGCACUGCGACAUGCGCAGCAAGUACACCCAGGCUGUGUACAGGCACAUUCGCGCGAAGCACCACAACAUGGAGAUGCGAUUCAUCAAGCUGUAUUAAAACGCGGAAAUCGGAGACUGAUGUAACUUAAUUUUGCACGGAACGAACGACUUACAAUUGUGCUUGUGUGACAUUGUUCUUCGAUUGAUUUGGCGCUUUUUUUUCCUUUCCUUUUUUUAACAAGACGCGUUACGGUCGAUGAAGAAUUCGAACAUCAAUGACAUCGUUGAAUCUCUCUCGGUACCUAGAAUCAUGAUUACGUUGCAGAUUUUUCCUCUUUUUUCUUCCACGACACAUAUUGGCAAAGUGCGAAAUUGAUUUCCACGUUCGGUUAGUCAAUCGCGAUUGAUUCGCAAGCCGUUUAUUUCGAGAGACCGGUUGUCUCCAACUGUUAUCGGGGAAAAUAAUCAAACGGUAAAAUAUAGUUGCGCGCGAACCGACAAGUUUCUGUGAUAUCACACCGUGAAGGUCUUUCCUUUAAGGGAAAACUAAUUCCGCGUUGCGUUACAGAAUCUGGUUAUAUUACAUUUAACGCGUAUGAGAGAGAGAGUGUGUGUGUGUGUGUGUGUGUGAUGUAAAUGCAUAGAAAGUAAUCGUCACUAGGAAUUAGAUAAUCGGCGGAUUGAUGCGCAGUCAAUGAUGGCCUGACUUUGGAAAUGUAUUGUAAGCGCGUGAGACGCACGUGUGCGAAUAUUUAAUAAUGGCGCAACGGGUAUGUUUUGUGUGAUUAGCCCGUAGUGUGUGAUGGACACGUGGUCACACUUGGAUUUCUGAAAAGUGAGCGUGAUUGUUCACAAGCUUCGUUAUCUACGAUGUCAAGUUUAUUCACUUGAGACUGACAACGGAAAAAUAGUUUUUAUAUGAUUGUCCACAUUCGGGGACACACGUUUGAAACAACGCACAACAACUGCAUCGGCAGUCUCGCGAUUCGUUGGACCGUACAGCGAAUAGUACCUCGAUCGUAUGUCAUUCGUGUCGACGACGUUCUCAGAGCUGGAAUUAACUUUCUCUCUGAGGUUAAACGCGCUUGUUGAGAGGAUAUAGGGAUCCAUAAUAUUAUAUAAAAACCGACAUAUUUCUCUUAUUUAUUUUUCUUUCUUACGUCUUUUAGAACAAGUCUAUAUACGGAAGUCGCAUGAGCGGCGCAUCUUUUGAAAUCAAUGUAACGGAAAGCGAUGCGCUGCCGCGCGUUACCUUGAAGCCGUAUUAUUACAUCAUAGUGAUUAAAAGAUCAUCAUAGAGAUCGAUGUUCUACGAAUGCGCGAUCGAUAUUCACCGCGUUCUCCUGUUGUACAAUAAGAAUGUAAACUCUAACUCUUUCGUGGCAUGCCAAGGGAUUGUUCGUAAACUCACGUGCGAUCUGAUGUGUAUCUGAACUUGUAAAAUUGUCAUGAAACAGGCGA